AUGGAUCAGUGUGAGGACAGAGAGGAGGGAGUCCUUCCCUCCAAAACCUCCCCGAGGGGAAAACCUGAGAGAGAAGAAGAGAGGAGACCUGGACCUGGACCUGGAUCUGAACCUGAAUCUGAAACUGAAUCUGGACUUGGUCCCAGCUGUGUGUCCAUGAAGAGUGAUGCAUCAAAGGAUUUACCUAUCCUUUUUAAAGAGUCUCCUGGUUUUCCUUCAGAGAGGAGACCUGGACCUGGACCUGGAUCUGAACCUGAAUCUGAAACUGAAUCUGGACUUGGUCCCAGCUGUGUGUCCAUGAAGAGUGAUGCAUCAAAGGAUUUACCUAUCCUUUUUAAAGAGUCUCCUGGUUUUCCUUCAGAGAGAGUGGACCAGCAGAUCUCAGAGUCCCCCAGUGGUCCAUCUGUCCAGCAGCAUCAGACCCAGCUGGACUCCGUCUUUCAGCUGCUGGAGGACGACAUCAUCAUGUUUGUGAAGGACGAGCUGAAGAAGAUCCUGAAGGUUCUGAGUCCAGUUUACCCAGAAUCCUCAGAGAGUCUGGAGGAGGAUGAAGAUGAAGAGCAGAAGAGCAUCAGAGAGACACUCGUGAAGAUCACAGUGAAGUUCUUGAGGAGGAGGAAGCAGGAGAAGCUGGCCGACCUCCUGCAGAGAAAAACCAUCGCUGCCGUUUGUCAAUCCAAACUCAAACGUCGGCUGCAGAAGAAGUACCGGCAUGUGUCUGAGGGGAUCACUAAAGCAGGAAAGAAAACCUCUCUGGAGCAGAUCUACACGGAACUCUACAUCACAGAGGGAGGGACCGGAGAGGUCAACGAAGAACAUGAAGUCAGACAGAUUGAAGCAGCUUCCAGGAAACCAGACAGAACAGAAACAGCCAUCAGACAGGAAGACAUCUUUAAACCCCCACCUGGAAGAGGAGGACCAAUCAGAACGGUGAUGACGAAGGGAGUGGCCGGCAUCGGGAAAACAGUCCUAACACAGAAGUUCAGUCUGGACUGGGCUGAAGGCAGAACCAACCAGGACAUCCAGUUCCUGCUUCCAUUCACCUUCAGACAGCUGAAUGUGCUGAGAGAGGAGACGUUCAGCUUGGUGGAACUAGUUCAUGGAUUCUUCUCUGAAACCAAACGAAUCUGCAGCUUUGAAGAGUUCCAGGUCGUGUUCAUCUUUGACGGUCUGGAUGAGAGUCGACUUCCUCUGGACUUCCACAACUCUACAAUCGUCAGUGACCCCAGAAGGUCCACCUCAGUGGACGUGCUGCUGACAAACCUCAUCAGGGGGAACCUGCUUCCUUCUGCUCGUCUCUGGAUCACCACACGACCCGCAGCAGCCAAUCAGAUCCCUCCUGAGUGUGUUGACAUGGUGACGGAGGUCAGAGGGUUCACUGACUCACAGAAGGAGGAAUACUUCAGGAAGAGGUUCAGAGGAGAGGAGCAGACCAGCAGGAUCAUCUCCCACAUCAAGACAUCACGGAGCCUCCACAUCAUGUGCCACAUCCCAGUCUUCUGCUGGAUUACGGCUACGGUUCUGGAGAAUGUCCUGGAAACCAGAGAGGGAGGGGAGCUGCCCAAGACCCUGACUGAGAUGUACAUCCACUUCCUGGUGGUCCAGGCCAAACUGAAGAAGGUCAAGUAUGACGGAGGAGCUGGGAUGGAUCCACACUGGAGUCCAGAGAGCAGGAAGAUGGUGGAGUCUCUGGGAAAACUGGCUUUUGAGCAGCUGCAGAAAGGAAACCUGAUCUUCUAUGAAUCAGACCUGAGAGAGUGUGGCAUCAAUGUCAGAGAGGCUUCAGUGUACUCAGGAGUGUUCACCCAGAUCUUUAGAGAGGAGAGCAACAUGUACGAGAACCAGGUCUUCUGCUUCAUCCAUCUGACUGUCCAGGAGUUUCUGGCUGCUCUUCAUGUCCAUCAGACCUUCAUCAACUCUGGAGUCAACCUGCUGGAGGAGCAAAAGAAUACCUCCUGGUGGUUUAAAAAAAGAGCUAUGACUGACCUCUAUCAGACAGCUGUGGACAAGGCCUUACAGAGUCCAAACGGACACCUGGACUUGUUCCUGCGCUUCCUCCUGGGUCUUUCACUGGAGACCAAUCAGACUCUCCUACGAGGUCUGAUGACAUCAAACCAAAGAAGAUCACAGAACAAUCAGGAAACAGUUCAAUACAUCAAGGAGAAGAUCAGUGAGAAUAUGUCUGCAGAGAGAAGCAUCAACCUGUUCCACUGUCUGAAUGAACUGAACGAUCGGUCUCUGGUGGAGGAGGUCCAACAGUCCCUGAGGUCAGGACGUCUCUCCACAGAUAAACUGUCUCCUGCUCAGUGGUCGGCUCUGGUCUUCAUCUUACUGUCAUCAGGAGAAGAUCUGGAGGUGUUUGACCUGAAGAAGUUCUCAGCUUCAGAGAAGGUUCUACAGAGGCUGCUGCCGGUGGUCAAAGCCUCCAAGAAAGUUCUACUGAGUGACUGUAACCUCUCAGGAAACAUCUGUCCACUUCUGUCCUCAGUUCUCAGCUCUCAGUCCUCCAGUCUGACGGAACUGGACCUGAGCAACAACGACCUGCAGGAUUCUGGACUGGAGCAGCUGUGUCCUGGACUGGAGAGUCGACACUGUCACCUGGAGUCUCUCAGGCUGUCAGGCUGUCUGAUCUCAGAGGAAGGAACUUCUUCUCUGGUCUCAGCUCUGACCUCCAACCCCUCCCACCUGAGAGAGCUGGACCUGAGCUACAACCAUCCAGGAGAGUCAGCAGGGAAGCUUCUGUCUAGACUGGAGGAUCCCUGCUGGAGACUGGACACUCUCAGGGUGGAGCCUGCUGGACAACGAUGGCUGACACCAGGAGGUCUGAGGAAGUAUUCCUGUCAACUCACCAUCGAUACAAACACAGUCCACAACAAGAUCAAACUGUCUGAUGACAACAGGGAGAUGAUGUAUGUGGAGGAGGAUCAGUCAUAUCCUGAUCAUCCAGACAGGUUUGAUGUUAAACCUCAGCUGCUGUGUAGAGAAGUUCUGACGGGUCGCUGUUACUGGGAGGUCGAGAGGAGAGGAGGUGUUUCUGUAUCAGUGAAUUACAGAAGAAUCAGCAGGAGAGGAAACUCUGAUGACUGUGUGUUUGGAAGAAACGAUAAUUCCUGGAGUCUGGACCGUUCUCCAUUGAGUCCUCAUUACCAAGUCUGGCACAAUAACAGAGAAACAUCCAUCCCCUACUCAUCUUCAUCUUCAAGCUCUGCCAGAGUAGCAUUGUACGUGGAUGUUCCUGCUGGAACUCUGUCCUUCUAUGAAGUCGUCUCUAACGGACUGAUCCACAUCCACACCUUCAACACCACCUUCACUGAACCGCUCUGUGCUGGAUUUGGACUCUGGUCCUGGUUGGACUACUGGCCUGGUUCCUCACAACUCACCGUCGACACAAACACAGUCCACAACAAGAUCAAACUGUCUGACAACAACAGGAAGAUGAUGUUUGGGGAGGAGGAGGAGGAGGUUCAGUCAUAUCCUGAUCAUCCAGACAGGUUUGAUCACUGGGAGCAGCUGCUGUGUAGAGAAGUUCUGACGGGUCGCUGUUACUGGGAGGUCCAGUGGAGCAGACAUGUUUCUGUAUCAGUGAGUUACAGAAGAAUCAGCAGGAAAGGAAACUCUGGUGACUGUUGGUUUGGAGGAAACGAUUAUUCCUGGAGUCUGGACUGUGAUCCAGGUGAUCGGUACCGUGUCUAUCACAAUAAAAGACUAACACCCACCACCUCCUCAUCUCCAUCUCCAGACUCUAACAGAGCAGCAGUGUACGUGGACGUUCCUGCUGGAACUCUGUCCUUCUAUGAAGUCUCUGUCUCUGACAGACUGAUCCACAUCCACACCUUCAACACCAGCUUCACCGAA